AUGCCGCGAGAGAUACUGACAGUCCAGGUGGGCCACUUUGCCAACCAUGUGGCCACACACUUCUGGAAUGCCCACCAUGAGCGCAUUGCCAGCCAUGCUGCCGCCCUUGCUGCCGAAGCCGCUUCGGGCGGAGACCACGCCAUGCCGUCGUCAUCACCAUCAUCAUCGUCGUCGUCACUCUCCUCCUCAUCGCUGGCUCAGCACACAGGCGUGUACGAGCCAAGCGUCUUUGGUCAGGGCGCGCCUGCCGCAAACCCCGAGGCCUACUGGUCGGAUGCCAUGUCGUUUGAGUACGCACCACGAUCGCUGUAUGAGAUCCCCGAGGUCCGCGUCAAUGCUCUGACCUGGGAGGCCUAUUCGGAUGGUGCCGUCUUUCUCGACUCUUCGCCUGCCGAGCGGGAGGCCAUUGAGGACUCCCUGUUCCGCCUCGCAGAGUCGUGCGACUCGCUGCAGGGUCUCCAGUUCCUGGCCAACACAAACUCGGGCUACGGCGGCAUGGCCGCCGGCCUGGUUCAGCUUGCGUCAGACAUCCUGCCCAAGGCCCCCAUCCUGAUGGUGGCCACCGUGCCCGAGACCGAGCUCCCGACCCAUCCGCUCAAGCGCCGCCGUGCCGUUGAGCUUCGCGGCAUCAACGACGCGCUCGCGCUCACCGCCACCAUCGACUCGGGCGUGGCGCUGUCCCUCCCCUUUGAUGUCUCCAAGUGGCUCGUUCCGGAGCGGUCGGCCGUUGUUGCCGGCAAGGCUCUCGGCACGGCGCUCGACGCCAUCUCGCUGCUCUACGCCGGGCGGUCCAGCUCCAUCGGCGAGGUGGCGCACUCGCUGGCGCUGACGCGGAUGCUCCGAGUGGCGCAGGUCUCUUCGUCGGCCCCGCUUCCCGACGCUGUCUACACCGCCGCCCGCGCCUACAGCGACGCUCGCCCCGGCACGCCACAGGCUGCAGAGUUGCUCCCGCUGGCGCGGCUGUACGAGGUCGAGCUGGCUGCCGGGCUGUCCGGAGCCGGGCCGGCUGAUAACCCGCUCGGCCUGAGCUGGCUCGCCCGCUCCUCGCCGUCCAAUCUCGGGGACCACAUUGAGCAGAAGCUCCUCCGCACGGCAACGUCUCGUGCUGCAGAGGAUGACGACGAUCCGGCCGACGAGGCCGAGGCCGACGCCCCGGGCAGGUCCGACGCCGCCGUUGCGGACCUCUUUGCUGACGUCUACCGCUCCGCCAUGGCCGAGGCCGGCGAGGCCGGCGAGCCGUCGGAGCCACCGUCUACCGCCGACCAGCUGGAGGCGCUUGUCGGCCGCAACACCGCCAGCGCCCGCGCCUUUGUCGAGCUCUCUCGCGCUGCUGCGCCGUAUGCAGAGGCCAUGAUUCUCCGCACCUCGCAUCCACGCCAGCUCUCAGUCGUCCACCGCUACCUCUCCGACUCGUACCUCGGCUACUCUCCGACCGCCCGCAAGUGGGCUAGUGCUGCAGUCACCGGUGCCUCGGACUUUACCCAUCUCUCGCUCGCGGGCGACCAAGCCGAGCACAUCCGCGCUCUCCGCUCGUUUGUCGUUGGCAUCAACACCGCCGAUCACGUUGCUUUCCUCGACGCAGACUACGGCGCUGACGACUGGCAGCAUACCUUUGCCGUUCUCAACGACGUCGCCGACGCGUACGGCAACGUGCCGACCAUGCAGUAGACCGCCGCUAAAAG